UCGUAUCACUUUGCAACUCUUCACUCGCAUCUCUCUGAUCUCCAUCUUCUCUGCUCCAAUUCUCCAAGAGACCAACACACCAGUAAUGGAUGGGGAGAUGGACUGGAUCGCCGCGCGGUUCCUGCUGUCGACCAUCCUCGGGGUGCAUCCGCUGGUGGUCCUGGAUGACGGGGACCGCGACGACGAGCGCUUCCCCGUGGACGACGGCGUCCAGCAGCGCGUGACGGUGCCAGCAGCGGUGGAGGCGCCCGAGGGCGUGGCCGGCGUGUCGGUCUGCGCGGUGUGCACGGAGGAGGUCGCGGCGGGGCAGGCCGUAGUGCGGCUGCCGUGCGCGCACUGGUACCAUGCCGGCUGCAUCGCCCCCUGGCUGCGGAUCAGGACCACCUGCCCGACGUGCCGUGCCGAGCUGCCUCGGGAGGGCGGGCCGGAGAGGUCGCGGCCGGCGGUGGUGCAUGCCGCGCGGCUGGCGGAGGUGGCGAUGGAGACGGCCGGCGGCCGGCUGCGGCGCGAGGCGUCGUACACGAUGCUGGCAGGCAUGUUGCCCAGCUAAUAAACCAUACUUACUAGCUGGUGGACGUGACAGCCAACGCGUGCGUGACAGUAGUAUUGUACAGCGAUGAAAUUUUUUUAAGUAUAUAUAGUACUGAUGAGUAAUGUACAGGAUAAUCCUUUUUUUUAAUUAGGACUGCCGGGUUUCAUUCAUUAAUCACGAGAAGAAUACAAUCAGCAUCUAGAAUACAAA